AUGAGAACAGAACCAAAGUUAGUGACUUUAAAGAGUGGAUUUGCGUGCGAAUUUGAAGUCUUUUUAACACCAUAUUGUACUUUCAAUUUAGAAGACAAAAUCGCAAUUGUCUCGUUAGAUUUAAACAGUGGAAUGUCUUCAAUGUCUUAUGUUAUUAUAAAUGCGAAGACUGAAAACUCGACAUGUCUUGACUACGAUGAGUUAAUUGAAGAAAAGAAGCUUGGUGAGGGGUCUUUUGGUAUUGUGUACAAAGGAAUGUACAGAGGAAAUGUUGUUGCAAUUAAAAAGAUGAAACAAAUAAACAACUCAGAUGAAAAAAAAUCAAUUGAUGAGUUUGAGAAGGAAGUUGCCAUGUUGGACAAGUUCAGAUGUGAUUACAUUGUCCACUUCUAUGGCGCCGUUUUUAUACCAAACAAGAUAUGUAUGGUCACCGAAUUUGCACAAUUUGGGAGUUUACAAGACUUAAUUAAACACAAAAGAAGUGAUGAAAUUGAGACCAAGUUGCGAGUUAAAAUGUUACUUGAUGCAGCUAAAGGUAUUUCAUAUUUACACAAGAAUGGGAUAUUACACAGAGACAUCAAACCAGACAACAUUCUUGUGUUCUCACUUGAUGUAAAUGAAAAGGUGAAUGCAAAAUUGACAGACUUUGGAAGUGCAAGAAACGUCAAUCUACUGAUGACUAACAUGACUUUCACUAAAGGUAUUGGAACGCCAAUUUAUAUGGCACCUGAGAUUUUAAAACGAGAGAAAUACACUAAAAGCGCGGACAUUUUUUCUUUCGGAGUGACUAUGUAUGAGGUGGUUGGGUGGAGUGAGGCAUAUAAAAAAGAUAGCUUUAAAUACCCAUGGAAAAUAGCAGAGUUUGUGAUGUCAGGUAAACGACUUGAAAGAAAAGAAAAAAUGCCAAUACCUCUGUAUGAUGUUAUUAAAAUGUGUUGGGUACAGGAACAAACUAACAGAAUAACAAUUGAUAAAAUAGUUGAUUUACUGGCUUUUUAA